CUGUGUCUGGGAGUAGCGGAAAAGUGAAUGAACGGAUAAUACAGUUUUCAUUAUCGAUGUUGACACAAUGGCGUUUUGCAUGCGAAAUAUAGUUGGAAAAUUAGUUAAUAAUUCACAAUCGAUUUCAUCAAGACAAAUUUCAGUUACAUCUUGUGUUGCACAAAAACCUACUUUCAAGUGGUCAGAUCCACUCAACUUGGAAUCUCAGUUGACUUCCGAUGAGAUAAUCAUUCGAGAUCAGUUUCGAACCUAUUGCAACGAAAAAUUAUUGCCUCGCGUGAUAGAAGCAAAUCGACAUGAAAAAUUUGACCGAGCUAUCAUCAAAGAGUUCGGAGAUUUAGGGGUUCUGGGAUGCACCGUCAAAGGCUAUGGAGCUGCAGGAGUAAGUUCCGUAGCUUACGGACUGUUGGCUAAGGAAGUCGAAGCGAUCGAUAGCGGAUAUAGAUCUGCUUUUUCCGUACAAUCGUCAUUGGUCAUUGGAGCCAUAGAAGCUUACGGAUCGGACGCGCAGAAAGACAGACUUUUGCCUAAAUUAAUUGCUGGAGAUCUAGUGGGAUGCUUUGGGCUUACUGAACCUAAUCAUGGUAGCGAUCCGUCAUCGAUGGAGACAAGAGCCAAGUACGACGCGAAUAAAAAAUGUUAUAAACUCAGUGGCAGUAAAACUUGGAUCACAAAUUCACCAAUUGCCGAUGUACUCGUAGUAUGGGCAAAAUGCGACGACGGCGAGAUCCGAGGUUUCAUCAUCGAAAGAGCCGGUAACAAAAAUACCUUGUCGACUCCGAAAAUCGAGGGAAAGUUUUCGCUCAGAGCAUCCGUCACCGGAAUGAUUUUAAUGGACGAAGUCGUAGUGCCAGAAGAAAAUCUUUUACCCAACGUCAAAGGCUUGAGGGGUCCUUUCGGCUGCCUCAACAAUGCUCGCUACGGCAUCGGUUGGGGUGCUUUGGGAGCCGCAGAAGCUUGCCUGAAACAGGCACGCCAAUACGUUUUGGAAAGAAAACAGUUCAAUCGGCCCUUAGCCGCUAAUCAACUAAUCCAAAAAAAAUUGGCAGACAUGAUGACGGAAAUUGCGAUAGCUUCACAAGCCUGCCUUCAAGUUGGACGCCUGAAGGACGAAAAAAAAGCUACGCCAGAGAUGAUUUGUCUGAUCAAGAGAAACUCAGCUGGAAAAGCUUUGGAAAUAGCGAGAACCGCCCGGGACAUGUUGGGCGGCAAUGGAAUUUCCGACGAAUAUCACAUAAUCAGACACGUUAUGAACCUUGAGUCCGUCAACACCUAUGAAGGUACACACGACAUUCACGCUCUCAUUUUGGGAAGAGCAAUAACAGGCAUUCCAGCAUUUUAAAAGUGACACUGCAUUUGUACGCUGCAUUCAUAUUUUAUUGUUGAUCCAUAAAAACUAUAUAUUUUUAUUGUAAA